AUGAUUGCUCUAAUUUCUCUAGUUUUGGCAGUUUUGGCUCCACAGGCUCAAGCAGUCAUCGGUGGAGAUCUCAAUUGUACCACCUAUAAUGGAACGGCGUCCCCCGUCUCAACUGUGCCACAAUCACGUCCUCCCAAUGUCUCUCCGCCGCCUGGCGUACCAUCAUCGCCACCGACUGCCCCUCCGCGUGCGGAUUCUGUAACUCUGGCGGAUGCGUCGACGCUGUUCUGGAUUGUGCCAACGACGUCACCAUUUGCAGAACCGUCGGACUACAAGACUUUGUCAACACCUACUGCCAGAGAACCUGCAAUAGAUGUGCAUCCUCCACUACCACGACAACAUCUCUCACUGGAACCUGCACAUCUUACAAUGCUGAUUCGAGCACUGCCUGUACCGCAUGGGCUGCAAAUGGAUUCUGCACCAACACCUUCUACACUUUGGCUCAGAGAAAGGCCUAUUGUGCCAGAACUUGCAGAAUAUGUUGAGGAUUUGGUGGGAGACAAGACAAGACCGGUAGACGACCAUGACAGCCAAAAUAUUGCAUUUUAG